GGGACGCCAUUCUUCCACUCCAUGGUAGCAAGGGCGCAAUCUUCUGACUCUGACAUUUGCGUCCUUGUCGACGCCGACGUCGUUCUGCUGCCUGAAACUGUCACCUUACUGACAAAAUUCAGCAGAAUUGACCGUGAUUGGCUUCUCGUUUCAAUGUCACGCAACACUUCCAGUUUGAACGAGGAGAUUCCGGCCGGCAAAUGGGCGGCAGAUAGCGGCGACAGGGGGCUCAUCAUGGCGUGGAACAAUCCGAGGAAUCCGUUACUUGGAAGCGUUCUGCCUUCUUUUCUUUAUGGAAGAGGAGCACACAGCUGGUGGAUGGCUCAUGAGGUUCUAUCAUCUGAAAUGAGACUCGUCUUUGAUGCAAGCAAUCUAGUUCUUGGGUUAUACCCAGAAGAGUUCAGCACAAAGCGCGGUUCUAGAAACAGUGGUAGAUUACUUGAUGGAUCAUGGGAGUACCGUGCCAACCGCCAUCUCGCUGCGGUUUACGGGUCGUAUUGUUACCCCUCGCUACGAAGACAUCAUUCUCCCAUGCUGUAUGAAGUGGUAAAGCAUUCUGAAGAUUACAUGUUGAGAAAAGUUGAAGAGCCAACCUUCUCAAAUUUUAUCAAAAUAGGUAAAGAACACAUUGUCCAUGCAGAGGGUGACAGCCUACGGAAGAAAGAAAACAUUUGCUUGCCUGGCCAUCUACUGAACUAUUCUUCAGAAAAUCCAGAGGCAGCUGGUGUCCCAUAUUCAUUAGGAAUGCUCCUACAGUUUGUAGCUGAUCAGAAUAGGUCUAUUGUUCUUGGCGUGGCUGGGGCAAGUUACAGGGACAUGCUUAUGAGUUGGGUGUGCCGUUUGCGCCAUCUUGGAGUCACAAAUUUCGUAGUAUGUGCUCUAGACCAAGAGACAUAUGAAUUCUCCAUUUUGCAGGGUUUGCCAGUUUUCAGAGAUACAUUGCCACCAAAGAAUGUCAGCUUCGAUAAUUGCCACUUUGGAACCCAGUGUUUUAAGCGAGUGACGAAAGUGAAAUCGCGGAUUGUUCUGAAGAUUUUAAGGAUGGGAUACAAUGUGCUGUUAAGUGAUGUCGAUAUCUAUUGGUUUCAUAAUCCACUGCAGUUCCUGCAUUCUCUUGGACCUGCAACAUUUGCAGCACAAACAGAUGAAUACAAUGAGACGGGACCAAUAAACCUGCCACGCCGACUAAACUCAGGUUUCUACUACGCCCGGUCAGACCAUGCCACCAUCACCGCAAUGGAGAUGGUAGUGAAACACGCGACCAAAUCGAACUCGUCGGAGCAGCCAAGCUUCUAUGACAUCCUAUGUGGAAAGGAGGGUGUGAACCGCCUCGGCGACGACAGAUGCCUCGAACGCAGCACAAACCUCACCAUCAUGUUCCUGAACCGGGACCUGUUCCCGAACGGAGCUUACAGGGGACUCUGGGAGAGGCGUGACGUGCGCUCAGCUUGCAAGGAGCUCGGGUGCUUUGUCAUCCACAAUAACUGGGUGAAUGGGAGGAAGAAGAAGCUCCUGCGCCAGAUGGCGUCUGGGCUGUGGGACUAUGAUCCUAGCUCGAGGAUGUGCUUGCACAGCUGGUUGAUGCAGGUAGCAUCAGAGUGA